AUGCAGUCUGUUGCUUCAUUUUGUACCUCAUCAAGACAUCAGGGUGAAAUUCGUGUAUCUCCUCCUACAUCCGAUCAUCCAAAGUCUGCUCAAAGUUCUUUUCGCUUAGAAGGAGUAGAGAGUGCCCUGCCGAUUAAACCAAGUAUCCUCCGCAAUGCAAUCGGCUUCCAGGGAAUUGGAACAUUAAUUGAUGCAGUGUUUGGUGCGGGACUUGGCUCCACCGUUUCAAGUGAACUUGCAGGUUUAUUAGGAUUAACAAAGCUGGGCAGUUUCAAGAGUGUGCUUGUAGCAGCAAUUUUUCUCCUUAUAUUUUCCACGCUAGGUAAUUAA